CUCAGCUAGAGUUCGCAGCGUACCACGUUUUGAUUAACAUUAUUUAAUAAUUUUAUUGGAGUUACACAGUUUUAGUUUCUUGAAAUUUGUGACACCUAUAAGCGAUGGCCUUCCUCCAAGGACCUUCCCCAAAGCAGGAAGAGAUGAUUAAGCAAGAGUUGAACGAAUUACCUGGAGAAAUGGAGAGAGGGAUCCGAGACCUUCGCAGUAUGUGCGCAGCCAACCCUUAUCUGCCGAAUCCAGACGCCUUAGACACACAUCUCCUAUCACUGUUCCUGCGAGGUUGCCGUAUGGACUUUGAACGAGCUAGAAAAAAAUUGGAAACAUUUUGCUAUUCUCGCUCCAGAUACAGAGACCUCUUCGAACAUCGCUCGCUCCUUGAACCGCCUCUAAAUGACGUGUGCAAAUUCUUAGACAUAGUACCUCUUCCGAAGGUGACAGAUGAAGGACUUCGUGUAACGAUAUUUAGAAUGCGGCCGAACUAUCCGGAGAGUUCAUCCGACAUAGCGACGGCAGCGCGAGCUAUUCUACUCAUCAGUGACGCGAGGAUGCAUGACGAGACCUUGAUAGCUGGGGAUGCCUUUAUUUGGGAGUGUUCACACGUCCGCGCGUCCAUAGCGACCCGCGUAGCCAUGGCUGCGGGUGCGGUUCGCCGGAGCAUUCACCUCGCGCAGGCCGCGUACCCGCAGCGAAUGCGGCGCAUUCACGUGGUGGGAGCACCUUCCCUCAUAGCGUCCUCCAUUAACCUCAUGCGAUCCUGCGUCACCGAGAAAAUCAGGAAACGGUAUUACUUGCACUCAAAAACGGAAGAGUUACUGGAUCAUUUCCCGUCGAGAGUGUUGCCAGUGGAAUGGGGCGGUGAAGAGGAUUCGAUUGAGGUUCUCGCAAAAAAAUGGCGUCGCCGCGUUGAAGAUUUACGUGAAUAUCUGCGACACCUCAACGAGCUUUGUGAAGUCACACCAGAUGAUGUUUACGAGAAUAAUAUUUAUGGUGCAGUCGGUUCCUUUAGAAAAUUAGAUAUUGACUAGGUAGUUGUGAUAAAUAACGGGUAAAAUCGACUUAAUGGCCUUCAGAUUUAUUUUUAUAUUGGGGCCUUCGCUGCAUUGAGCUAAGUAUUUUAAGAUUAUGACGUUUAAAAUUUAUUUUCGUUUGAAUGCUUUUGUGUACCUACCUACGUGGUUUGACCUUAAAAUAUAUUAAAAUAUUGGAUUUAUGACUAAGAGUUAUUCAUUAGUUUUAGUGUUGGAAGCAAUAUAAAUCUUGCUUAUUUAAAAAUUAAUUAAAAUAAUUAAAUAUACAAUGGCUUAGCAUUUCCACCGCUUUUUGCAAUCUUGGAUUUAUUUUACUUCAUCGAUAUAAAUCUAAAUCUUUGACUUUGCCCCCUUGAUACGCUCUUGUAGGGUUUUUCGAGCAUAAAACCCCUGUAACGUCAGAAUAAAAUAGAACUUCUGCUAUUAUUUUGCUACAUAAAAAAUAAAAAUCAAUAGUACAGAGUUUGCGACUCCAUAUUGAGUGUAAUUAGGUCCACAUAACUUUGAACUUAGUUUUGAAACUCGAAAAAACUUACUGGUAAAUAACAUUUAUCUUAUAUAGAACAGUGCAUAAUAUUAAUUGCGCAUUUUCCAGGGAUGGUAUAAGGGAUUGGAAAAGGAAAAUACAGAAAUUGGCCUCUA